CGUGAUUCUAAUCUGCAGGGACAAAGUUCGAGGUUCUGGACUUUAAAAGGAGUCCUUACAGAGAGCAAGGCAGGAGCGGCUUUGUGCAGAAAUGGCAGCAAACACUUCUGCUCUGGAGGCAGAUCUUUCCUGUGCUGUGUGCUGUGAGAUUUUCAAGGAUCCCGUAACUCUUCAUUGUAACCACAGCUUCUGUAAAGCAUGUCUGGAUCAGUGCUGGAAAGAGAAGAGAGCUCGGGAGUGUCCCGUGUGCAGGAGGAGAAGUUCAGUGGAGGAGCUUCCUGUGGAUUUCAAGCUCAGGAAUAUUGUGGAGUCCUUCUUAAAGGAACGCAGUCAGAAUCCUCCAGCACCUACUGGAAUAUGCAGUCUGCAUGAUGAAAAACUGAAGCUGUUCUGUGUGGAUGAUAAAGAGGCUGUCUGUGUUGUGUGUCAAACUUCAAAGAAACAUGAGAAUCACAAGCUCCGUCCUGUUCAGGAGGCUGCACAGGAUUAUAAGGGAGAACUCAAGACUGCGCUGCAGCCCUUGCAGGACAAGCUGAAAACCUUUAAUAAAGUUAAAAACGAGUGUGAUAAAACAUCAGAGCACAUCAAGAAACAAGUCCAGCAAACAGAGAGGCAGAUAAAGGAGGAGUUUGAGAAACUUCACCAGUUUCUACGAGAUGAAGAAAAGGCCAGGAUAGCUGCACUGAGGAGGGAAGAGGAACAAAAGGGAAGAAUCAUGAAAGAGAAGAUUGAAAAACUUACAAGAGAAAUCUCAUCCCUUUCAGACACAAUCAGAGUGAUAAGAGAGGAGAUGAAAGCUGAAGACAUCUUCUUCCUGCAGAAGUACAAAGACACACAGAGAAGAGCCGAGUGCACACUGCAGGAUCCACAGUGUGUUUCAGGAGCGCUGAUAGAUGUAGCCGAGCACCUGGGCUCUCUGAAGUACAAAGUGUGGGAGAAGAUGCUGGGGAUUGUUCAAUACACUCCAGUGACUCUGGAUCCCAACACAGCACAACCUAGACUGAUACUGACUGAGGAUCUAACAAGUGUGAGAAAAAGCGUCGAGAGACAGCAGCUUCCUGACAACCCAGAGCGGUUUGAUCGCUAUACUGGUGUGCUGGGCUCUGAGGGGUUCACUUCAGGGAAACACUGCUGGGACGUGGAACUGGGGAGCAAUACUUUCUGGGAACUGGGUGUGACUAAAGAGUCCAGCCAGAGGAAAGGGAGAUUCACCUGGAACCCAGAAGCAGGAUACUGGAUUAUAGCCCUGAGGGAUGGGGAUCAGUACUGGGCAAGGACCUCACCACAGACACGACUCACUGUGGAGAAGAAACCCCAGAAGAUCAGAGUUCAGCUGGACUGUGACGGGGGGGGGGGGGGGGUGGCAUUCUUUGACUCCAGUGAUAUGAGAAAACCUCUCUACACUUUUAAACACAGAUUUACUGAGAGAAUGUUUCCAUGUUUCUGGCCUGGCUCUGCCCCUCUCAGAGUGUGCCCUGUGAAGACAGUUAUAAAAGUGGAGUAGCCCAAUGUGUUCAGCAUAAACAAUAGGGAUUAAUAAUAAUAAUAAUAAUAAUAAUAAUAAUAAUAAUAAUAAUAAUAAUAAUAAUAAUAAUAAUAAUAAUAAUCUAUUAAUUUUGAAAAGGAACAGAAACAUUUUAAAUAGAAAAAGAUGAUCAAAGUGACAAAUGUAACGAUGUUUAGAAAACUAUUAAAUAUAUUCUAACAGAACAUGUUCACCCUCCUCCACCCCUUGAAUCCAUGUAGAAAUACAAUUACAAAAACUAGAACAUGAACUGGUUAAAGAACACUGAAUAAAGAAUAUGCGUUCUGGAAUAAUAUUCAAUUAAACACAAUGCUCUAUUGAUGUGUUAUACCAUCUACAGCUUUGCAAGCUCUGUAAAUAAUAACUCCCUCAAUGCUGAAUGAAUGAAUGAAUAAUGAUUGCUGGGCUGGUCCGCGGCGUUGUUGAUUCGAUCAGGAUAUUGUAUCAUUUAAUUGGUAAAUGUAUCGCUGUAAUAACUUGGAAGCUGCACAUUGUGAUCGUGUGGAUGUGUGUCUUUUGUGGUCGCUGUGAAACGGUCCCGCAAAUCACUGCUCCCGGAUCACAAAGGAUCGGUUCACUGCCCUCCCUUUGAUGUAAUUAAUGAUUUUUUUUUUAAUAAUAAAAAGUAUA